CGUAAAAAGAUUCAAAGGAGAGUAAAAAAUCAUUCAAAGUGCCCGGGACUGUAACUUUUAUCAAAUUUAAAAACAGAGAAGAAGUGGACACGCGUCAUUCGAAGUCACCGUCGAUCGUACAAUGUGAAUUUAUUUGUGUUUAAAUAAACAAACUUCUUCAGUUCUUCUCCUUCGUCCAUCCGUUCAUCGCCUCCCGUCCUCCGCCGCCGUCGAAAUGGGGAAAGGCGCCGCCCUCUCCGACGGCGUGGCGAAGAAGAUAGUCCUCUCCUACGCCUACGUCCUCCUCUGGAUCUUCCUCUCCUUCACCGUCAUUGUCUACAACAAGUUCAUCCUCGACCGGAAGCUCUACGACUGGCCCUUCCCCAUCUCCCUCACCAUGCUCCACAUGGCCUUCUGCUCCUCCCUCGCCUUCCUCCUCGUCCGCGUCGCCCGCGUCGUCGACCUCCCCGCCGCCCCCCUCUCCCGCCGCGUCUACCUCACCUCCGUCCUCCCCAUCGGCGCCCUCUACGCCCUCUCCCUCUGCUCCUCCAACUCCGCCUACAUCUACCUCUCCGUCUCCUUCAUCCAGAUGCUCAAGGCCCUCAUGCCCGUCGCCGUCUACGCCAUCGGAAUCCUCUUCAACAAGGAUCCCUACCGGCCCUCCACCAUGGCCAACAUGCUCUCCAUCUCCAUCGGCGUCGCAAUCGCCGCCUACGGCGAGGCCAAGUUCGAUUCCCGCGGCGUGUUCCUCCAAUUGAUGGCGGUGGCGUUCGAGGCGACCAGGCUCGUCCUGAUCCAGAUCUUGCUCACCUCCAAGGGGAUUAACCUAAACCCUAUCACCUCCCUGUACUACAUCGCCCCCACCUGCUUGAUUUUCCUCUCUAUCCCCUGGAUCUUCGUCGAAUUCCCCGUCCUGAGGGCGAAAUCGAACCUCCGGUUCGAUUUCGCCGUGUUCGGGAGCAAUUCCCUCUGCGCGUUCGCUCUGAAUCUGGCCGUUUUCCUGCUGGUGGGGAAGACGUCGGCGCUGACGAUGAACGUCGCCGGCGUGGUCAAGGACUGGCUCCUGAUUGCCUUCUCCUGGUCCGUGAUCAAGGACACCGUCACGGCGGUGAAUCUGGCCGGAUACGGGCUGGCGUUCGUGGGCGUGGCGUACUACAAUCACUCCAAAUUGCAGGAUUUGAAGGCCAGGGAGGCGCAGAAGAAGGCCCAGCAGGGGGACGGCGAGAGACGGAUGCCGUUGAGGGAGGGGGAAGUGGCCGGAGACGGCGACGGAUUGGGGAAGAAGAAGGGCGACGACGCCCGGGCGUGAAUUUGGGAAUUCGGUUGGGGAUAAACAGGCGACAUUAGUGGAAAAGAGCCCAUUUCGUGAGCUUGGGUUCUUCUUCCAUUAAUGGCGAGUUAGGUACUUGAGAUGAAAGUUUGUUACUCUGUUUUGGGCACGGAAUUAAAGCCACUUUUUGUAG